UAUAUAAUAUAGCUUGAACUCAGUAUAAAGCAUUCUGGUUCAGCACCAAACGUGGAAUGUGCUCAGAACGACCAAGUACUAACAAGGAUAAGAAUGGAAAUAUCGUUUGGUUUAUUUGUACUGAUUCCUCUCUUUGCAGCCAGCAUUGUAAGAGGCGAAGGCAGGUGUAAACAGAUAGAGUUUUUACCCUGCGAAACAGACAAACACCUAGCAGGUCACGUGUUUAAGAAGAUUGACAUGCGCGUUGAUGAUGCUCUACAGAACUGUAAACACUGGUGCUAUGAACAAAAAUGUAUUUCUUAUAAUCUCGCCCAGAUUAAAGAAGAUAAACGGGUGUGUGAGUUAAGUAAUACGGAUCACGUGGAACACCCUAGUGACGUCAAAUCUCUAGCAGGUGCCGAGUACUGCGCGAUAAAGAACCCUUGUGUAUCCAAUCCUUGCCACAGCAAACUGACUUGUGAGCGUGAUUUAUACUCAUUGGAUAGUUUCAAGUGCAUUGACAAAACUUCGUGCGCAAGUCUCAAGAGUACCGGGAAGAACGAAAAUGGCGUAUAUGAAAUCACCCCAGUCCCAGGCUACAGCGUCCAAGUCUACUGUGAUCAAGUAACGGACGGGGGAGGCUGGACCGUGAUACAGAGAAGGCUUGAUGGAUCGGUUGAUUUCUACCGUGGAUGGAAAGAUUAUAAGCAAGGUUUUGGGAAUAAGAAUGGAGAAUACUGGCUUGGACUAGAUGCGAUACAUAUCUUGACAAACAGAGUGCCUAACGAGAUAAGGGUGGACCUCAAAGACGUUGACGGGAUAGGAGCAUACGCGGCGUAUAGCGCGUUUAGGGUAGAGUCGGAAUUGGAAAAAUAUCGUCUAAGUUUGGGAAACUUCCAAGGCGGUGGAGCAGGCGACUCUUUCUAUUUCCAGAAUUCCUCUUAUUUCACGACAUUUGAUUCUGAUAACGACAAACAUACGAAACAUAACUGUGCUGUCAUGUUCAAGGGCGCAUGGUGGUACAAUAGGUGCCACAGGGUGAGUUCUGUAGUAGUGUUACUGACCAAUCUUAAUGGGCAAUACUUGUAUGGCAUUCAUCAAUUAUUUGCUGAUGGCAUCAACUGGUAUACCUGGAAGGGAUACAAUUACUCAGCCAAACAAGCAGAUAUGAAGAUCCGGCCGAUUGGAUUUGGUUCCCAGAAAGAUGAUGACCACGGUGACGAUGACAAUCAGGAUGUUUAGCAAUCAAUCUGGUUAAUUAAAUUCCGGUGAUCAAAAAUCAGAAAUCGCAAUCAAAUGCGAUUUGAGAUUUCUGUUUUCAUGAAUCAAAAAACAAAUAAUUUUUCCAGUUUUCUAAAAUGUGUUUCAAGGCUCUGUUACAGACGUUCGGAAACUUUUAGCUGAAGCUUGUGUACAACAGCGUUACGUUGCGAGACAAGUUUCACGGGGGUGUCAGUACAUUCCGCAAUUCCGUUUUGAAACUGUUCGCGACACAAGUUUCGGUUGCACGAGCAGAAAGAAGUGUUAUGAAAGAGAAAAUUAAUGUUUUUACAGACUAAGCUAGACAUCAGUUUUCUAAUUACUGUUUCUUAUCGAUAUAAAAAUAUCGAUAUAAGAUUUCAGUAAGUCUACCAUCACGCACAAGUUUAGAUAAUGGUAUGCAUUGAAUUCACAAUUAAAUCUCCUCCCUUUAGCAUGUGCACCUCUGGUUACACCCUACACACUUUUUACCCCUUUGCUUAGCUAUUUUAGCACUAUUCUUUUGAAUCUUAUGAUAGAAAUAUUCCUCGUAGCCUUUUCUAUACAUUUACAAUAUAUUCAUAUAUUAACUUUAGUUUAAGCUAUGUUUAAUUCUAAGAUUUUUACUCGUAUUACUCGUUAUUAAGAUAUCACACUCAGGAAUUUACUUAUUCCUUUAGCCAAUCAUGAUUCAACGAUAUUAUCAUAUUGAUUGUAGAAUGACAUCUGUCAUAUAAUUAUUAUGAAUAAAGCUCAUGUAAUUAGUUAAACACACGGAGAACACAGAGAGAACAGAAAGUAGAAUAAAGAUCCCGAAGCACAUACCGAGAGCAGUCGUCCCAUAACAUUGGUGGAGACCCGUGGUUUCGACGAGGUCCAGCUCCAUUACAGAAGUUUUACUUUUCGUGAAACUUUCUCUCGACGAAAGAAAGGGAGAAAGGGUCUUCGCAAUGUUUUGUGCUUGACUUCCAGUAUGAAACUUUGCCUAUUUGAAGGAUUAUCCUUGGGGAAUAAUGUUUUUAGUGAGAAAUGAUCGAAUUGAUUACUACAAUUAAAAAAACCCACUAUAUAUAAAAAAGUCGUACUGAUUUACUGUACAUAUACAUGUAUGUAGUAGAUCUACUAAGAUAAAAAUUCUCGACUUUCACAUCCCCAUAUUGCCUUGCGUUUUUGGUGAGUAACCAAUCAAAAAACUGUCCCAAAU